GACAUCAAGGAGGGCAGGGUGAGCAUCAUCAUCGGCACGCAUGCGCUCAUCGCGCGAGCCACCGCCUUCCACCGCCUGGGGCUGGCGAUCGUGGACGAGCAGCACCGCUUUGGGGUGAAGCAGCGGGCGAGGCUGCACGAGAAGGUGGGAGAGGGCCUUGACGCACUUCGGCAGCAGCAGGAAGCAAGUGAGAGAAGUGAUACAGAAGGCCUGGCUGAACCCAGAAGGCAUCGCUUGCUGCCACGCCUCACGCAUCCCCAUCUUCUCGCCCCUUCUCCCCCCACCCGGUGUUUCUUGCAGGGUCUUGACGCACUUCGGCAGCAGCAGGAAGCAAUCGACAGCAGCGACACAGAAGACGCUACUGAAUCUGGAACUGACGCCUCCUCCUCCUCAUCCCCCUCCGCGCUCCGGCUUCUCUCGGAGCCCCACACCCUCACCAUGACCGCCACCCCCAUCCCGCGCUCCCUCGCCCUCGUGCUGCACGGCCAAACCGACAUCUCCCGGAUUGCUGAGCUGCCGCCCGGGCGCACGCCGGUGGAGACUCUUGUCUUUUAUGACCGGGACGGGAAGGGCGGCAGCGGUGGGGAGGAGAGUGAGGGGGAGUGGGAGGAGGAGGGUGGGGAGGAGAAGGAGAGAGCUGCGGCUUACAAGAUUCUUCGCGAGGAGGUGCAGUCGGGCGGGCGGGCGUUCAUCGUCUUCCCCAUCAUUGAUGCCUCAGAGGAGCUCCCGGAAGUGCGGGCAGCCACGGAAGAAUUUCAGCUGCUGACCGAACCAGGCGAGCUGCUGGGCCGUGCAUUGAGGGAUGGCAGUAUCAGUAGUAGUGCUGCUGCCCGAAAAGAGCGGCCGCGGCGUAGCAGUGAUUACAGCCGAUAUGAGCUUUGUGAGAUUGAUAACUCUCCUGACGGGUAUGACACAGACCAGUAUAACUGCGAGCUGGAUGCGAUGUAUGGUCCCCAGUCCGACGAAGACUACUGCAGUGAUGAGGAGGAAGAAGAAGAUGAUGAUGAUGUUGGUGAUGAUGGUGCUGAUGGUGAUGGUUCAGAGGGGGCAGCAGUGCUGCGCUGUGGGCUCGUGCAUGGCCGCAUGGAACUGGAGGAGAAGGAGGGCGUCAUGCGCAGCUUCCAAGAAGGAUCCAUACAGGUGGGGAUAGACAUUCCCGAGGCGACGGUGAUGCUGGUGGAGCAUGCGGAGCGGUACGGGUUGGCGCAGCUGCACCAGCUGAGGGGGCGCGUGGGCAGAGGCCAGCGCCCCUCGCGCUGCCUGCUGGUGGGGAGCAGCAAGGGCGCGCGGCACAAGCUGAAACUGCUGGAAACAGGGCAGCGCCCCUCGCGCUGCCUGCUGGUGGGCAGCAGUAAGCGUGCGCGGCACAAGCUGAAACUGCUGGAAACGUCGUACGACGGCAUGGAGUUGGCUCAGAUGGACCUCAAGAUGCGCGGGCCGGGGGAGCUGCUGGGGAGCAAGCAGUCGGGGCGGCUGCCGGGAUUCAACCUGGCUCGGCUGGACCGAGACGUGGACAUUUUGAACGAGGCGAUGCAGGCUGCUGAGGUGAGGAGAGGAAGCGGGGCUGGGUGGAGGGGUUAA